CUGCGUCUGCGCAGCCAACAUGUUUUCACCGCCAUGUUUAACCGAUGAUCCCAAAUAAACAUGUCUUUACCCGGAGACGUGUUAUAAUCUUUAUCACAUUUCCAUCUUCUCAGUAUAUAUUUGGUUUGUGAUUUGUAGUCUACAUCGGAGAGAACAAUGGGGAAGAGGUAUUACUGCGACUACUGUGACCGCAGCUUUCAGGACACACUGCACAACAGAAAGAGGCACCUCAACGGCCUCCAGCAUCACCGAGCGAAGAAAGCCUGGUUUGACAACUUCAGAGACGCUGUCACAGUUUUAAAUGAAGAGCGGAGCAAGGAACCAUGCAGAACAUUUCUACAGAAAGGGCAAUGUGUAUUUGGUGCAAGCUGUCGUUUCUCACACAUGUCUGAGAGGCACAUGAAGAUGUUGGAGCAAAAGAUUGAUGAUGAAAGACGGCAAAGAGAGGAUCCUGACCAAGGUGGAUCAUCCUCUGAGCGCAACAUUGAUGAAUGGCUCUCUAGAAGAGAGAAGAAACGUGCUGCUUUGACAUCAGGAAGUGUUUUAAAUAUGGAAGAGGAAGAGAGCCCUGAAAACUUUGAGAUACCUCCAUAUCUUCUGUCUAUUCCAGAUCUUCCUCCAUCCCUCCAUCCUCCACCAGUUGGUGGUUGGAGAUUGACACUGCAAAAUGAUUGGGGUUGAAAUGGAAUUAGAAAUAUUUGUAUUUCUAUAAUGGUUAAAAAUGAUUACAAAUUCUGCACAAAGGUCAAAGGAAUAGUUCACCCAUAAAUGAAAAUUCUCUCAUCAUUAACUCACCGUCAUGCUAUCCCAGAUAUGUAUGACUUCUUCCGAUCAGUUUUUUUAGAAGAAUAUUUCAGCUCUGUAUUUCCAUACAAUGCAAGUGAAUGGUGGCCAGAACUCUGAAGGUCCAAACAUAUAUCACAUAAAGGCAUCAUAAAAGGAAUCCAUACGACUCCAGUGGUUUAAUCCAUGUCAUUUGAAGCAUUCCAAUCGGUUUUGGGUGAGAACAGACCAAAAAAAUCUUGACAGCCGUCUCCUUGGCGAAUGUGAUUUCAAGCUCGAUUGCACAUCCUGUAGCAUUCUGCGCAUGCGUCAAGCACUAGAAAGUGUAAUCUAAACUAGGCAGCAUAAAAGGGAUGCAUAUGACUCCAGUGGUUAAAUCUAUAUCUUCAGAAGCGAUAUGAUAGGUGUGGAUGAGAAACAGAUCAAUAUUUAAGCCCUUUUUUUUUUUUUACUGUCAAUCUCCAUUUUCACUUGCACAUUCUUCUUCUGUUUUUGGUGAUUCACAUUCUUCGUGCAGUUCGCCACCUACUGGGCAGUGAGGAGAAUUGAUAGAAAAAAAGGACUUAAAUAUUGAUCUGUUUCUCACCCACACCUAUCUUAUCACUUUUGAAGACAUGGAUUUAACCACUGGAGUCUUAUGAAUUACUUUUAUGCUGCCUUUAUGUGCUUUUUGGAGCUUAAAAGCUCUGGCCACCAUUUACUUGCAUUGUAUGGACCUACAGAGCUGAAAUAUUCUUCAGAAAUCUUUGUUUGUGUUCAGCAAAAGAAAGAAACUCUUACACAUCUGGGAUGGCAUGAGGGUGAGUAAAUGAUGAGAGAAUUUUCAUUUUUGGGUGAACUGUCCCUUUAAGCUCAGGGCAAAUGCUAUCUGUAGUUAAAAUGUAAUGUCCUAUAUCAAUCGUCGUUAAAGGGGCAUUGAAAAAUUAAGAAUAAAUCCAAUGCAAUCAAUA